CCGCCAUCACCCUACAUUCUCGACUUAUGCAUUAAUCCUCUCUCUUAUUUCUUUCACACUCAAUAACGCCUUUACUAUUUCACUUCCUGGGUAAGAGUUAAGCCUAACCUCUACGUGUAACCUUUAGUGGACGCCGCGGGAAUCAUCAGGACCAGGGCCCAGGAAUCAAUUCACGUUCGGAGAAUAUUAUUUUUAUCUUGAUUGAAUAUUUUAGAACCCCGGUUGGCAAAUCAGAUCCCGGAUCACUUACCACUAUGUCAAGUUGUUAUUUUCGCACAGAACUGCUCCCUAAAAGCCCGACUUCGCCCUACCAUGUGCCAUUUGAGCUCCCCUGCGACUUUUCCUCCAAUCUCUCCUUGUUCUCAUCUCACAUGAAUACCCUCGUCGUCACUCAAAAGACGUCCUCGGUGCCCCAGUUUCUCCUUCAUACCGACGAGAAUAUGCGAGAGACACUGACUGGGCGUAUCUCCUUGAACCAGACAAAGAGACCAGCAGACAGUAACGGCUUGAGGUCCGGGUACCACGAAAACAAUCUUCAUCUGUCGGCCACUCACAAAAAUCGCGCCUACCAUCGGGAACCGUAUCAUUCUCCCAAUCCCAAUCCUUCUGUGCUCAAUCACGAUGACCAGAUUUCACCACUUCCUUCCCCGAACUCGGUCUCUCAACCAACACAUUCAACUACUACCCGCCGUUCUUAUUCUCAACGAAUACACGAAUCUCGAACAUUUUGGCUGGUCCUGUACUUUUUCUUUAAUCUUGGUCUCACACUUUACAAUAAAGGUGUUCUAGUUCACUUUCCUUUUCCUUACACCCUCACUGCCGUGCAUGCUCUGUGCGGAAGUCUCGGUAGUUCCCUACUAGCUCGUACAGGAUUCUUCGCGCCAGCGAAGCUCAGUCGGUUCCAGAGAAUGGUUGUUGUCGCGUUCAGCGUCUUGUACGCCGUCAACAUCGUGGUCAGUAAUGUGUCGUUGCAACUGGUCACCAUCCCUUUUCAUCAAGUUGUUCGGGCUGUUACUCCCGUAUUUACCAUUAUACUGUCCUCCCUACUUGUAGGGACGAAAAGUACUCCGGAACGAAUGGUUUCGCUUAUCCCUGUAGUGGCUGGAGUGGGGUUAGCCACGUAUGGUGAUUACUACUUUACACGAUGGGGUUUCAUCUUGACAUUGUUUGGAGCAAUACUUGCCGCUUUGAAGACCAUCCUUACCAACGUUCUCCAAGCUCGACCCUCUUCUCUCUCCGAAUCGAAAUCUCCACUCGCUGCUAAAUUCAACCUGAGCACCAGUUCCCCUGCCCUUCCUCAGCUCAAUCCCCUCGCGUUUUUAUAUCUCCUUUCGCCUCUUGCCUUUGUUCAGUGCAUUUUGUUCGCUCAGUUAUCUGGAGAACUGAGUCGAGUGCGACAUUAUGCAGCGACUGAGAUGACCUCGUCCAAAGUUCUGGCGGUCGCUCUCAAUGGCUGUAUCGCUUUCGGAUUGAACGUCGUUAGUUUCAGUGCUAACAAAAAGUGCGGAGCGUUGAGCAUGACUGUCGCAGCUAACGUCAAACAAGUCCUGACGAUACUGCUUGCUGUGAUGAUCUUCAAUCUGACAAUAACUCAAAUGAACAUGAUUGGCAUCAUUCUCACACUCGUGGGCGGUGUAUGGUAUGCUCAUGUGGAAUAUAUGGAGAAACGGUCCAAGGUGAGGCGGCUUCGGGCGAUCUGAGUUGGCGAUAUCGUAUCAUGUUGGACUCCACGUUUAUCAAGCUGGUAACACCAUAGAUUCUUUUUCUUUCGGUGACAGGGAUUUCUGUAUGACCACACAACAUUCUACGCACUCAUUCAUGCUUCAACUCGAUCUGUAUCAAUAUCAUCUCUCUCAAGUGAAUUAUCCCUUCCUUAUCGGUUUUCUCUUUCCUCGGUGACUGUUGUAUUCCUUCGCAUCCGCACUUUCGUUUUGUGUAGAUUCUAUUCUACGCUUGGGACUCGUUGCCAGGCCCAACUUCAUCAUACACUACGUCACUUUCGGUACUAGUUGAGCUUCUCACCCUGAAAUUCCAUAUUUCUCUCACACGUAGAUACUUAGGCUAUUUUUAUUAUCCCACUCUCCUUGGACUUGCUUUGUAUUUUUGCUACAACUUGUUCUGUAUAUAGUCACUAACAACUAAAGUAGGUAGUAUAAACAUUGAUUAAUUUAUCGCGCCACAGUCAA